AGGUUUACAGAUUUGUCUGUAGAUAUUCUUUUAAAAAAUAUUAUUUAUUCUUGAAGCUGCAACUAUUUGUCUACUUUUCAUUUUUUAUCGUUCGAAUGUUUUUGCUUGAUAAAAUGUAUUACUGCUUUUUAUCCGAUGAUGCAGAUUUGAAGACAAACAUUAGAAAAGGUGUUAAGUGCAAAUGACGUUUCUCUUUGUCUGCUUUCUCUUUCGAUCAUUACACAUUUUGUAUUAAAAUUCAACUUGGCAUCCCUGCAGCUGAAUAAAUUUGGGCAAACAAAUAUCUAACAAUACACUUUUUCGUAUGAUCGAAUUAGUGUUUUUAGUCAUUUUGUUCAAUGUAAAUGUUAUUAGAUUCUAGUUUUGCCACUAUCUUUUGUUUGAUCAGCAAAUUAUGAGUGGAAAAAAUUCCGCUCUCGCCUCGCUAACGGCCACAUACACCGAUUCCGAGAAUGAAGACGAUCAAGAAUCCGGAAACGAAUCACUGCAUUCGGAUGGAAGUUCUUCAUCUCAUGGUCGCGUUCGUUCACGUCAACAAACGCCGUUACGUGAACAGUCGGAAAGAUCAGACACACCGUCUGAAGGAGCUACAAAUGCGACUAAAUCAAAUGCCCCGCCAUCGGCAGAACUAUCCAGAUCUAAUGAAUCGACAAUGUCUCGCCAGAAAGCCCUUCGAUUAGUUAGUUACUUCGAUGACACGGUGGUUUCAGACGAUGAAAAUGCAUCACCAAAUCGGGAACGCGAUCAGACUAUGGAUAUAUCGGAUGAGGAUACUCCAGCAACUGAUUCAAAAUCACCUAAAAAAAUAGAUCGCUCAAAGUUAUAUGGAUUUUCACUACCGCCAGAAUCAAAGGGUAAAUGUUCGGUAGAACUGCAGGAAAAGAUUGCUACUCUGUACGAGAAAAUGCGAAACUCAAAUAUGGAUACUAAUAAAAUCAUUCAAGAACGAAAGGAAUUCCGUAAUCCAAGUAUUUACGAGAAGCUGAUACAGUUCUGCGAUAUAAAUGAACUAGGCACCAAUUAUUCACCAGAUAUUUUUGAUCCUUCUCAGUGGGGUAAAGAUUCGUAUUACGAGGAGCUUGCAAAAGCACAGAAAAUCGAAAUGGAAAAGGUCGAAAAAGCUAGAAAGGAAAACGCUAAAACCGAAAUUCAAACUGGAGUGAAAAAAAUGGAUACGGACGAUUCUAAAAAACGAAAAUCGAAAUGGGAUCAGCCUGGGGUUUUUGGAGUCGCUCCCGGUACAGUGACCACGGCUGGCGUGUUAAAAGCUGCUGCCAUCAUUACGCAAACUUUGACGACGACGGCCACUGGUACGAAAGGGACUGUAAUAUCGGCAUUCGGUUCUCUGCCAAAGAAACCUAAAGUGUAGUAAUUUUGAUCUUAGCUUGUAGGAUUUUCAAAAUAAAUAGCACAAAAACGUAAA